CCGGGCUGGUCAUAGCAUGCACUUCCUGCCUGAGCAGCUCACUCCAGGAAGAAGAAAUAAUGGCGACGCUUAAGGGGUCCGAAAGCCACUGUACGAGAGGAAAACAAAGACAAUGCAAAUAUAAUAUCGUGUUCAAAUUCACGGAUAGCAAAAUCACAGGCCGGACGUUCAGUCGCGGGACACAGCUCCCAGGAGGCCUCCUUCAAGAGAGAGACAAACGAGCCAAGUGGCAAGGCAUCCCGACUUUGCUGCAGAAUCUCUACGAGAGCAGUCAUCCCAACAGUGACCUCUCCGAUGCCCAUGACCUGCUUAAGACGUUGUUGUCUCAGCUCUCUAUGGAGGCCAUGUCUUUUGUCACAGAAGACAGAAAGACGAUUCAGGAAUCCACCUUUCCCAACACGCACACUUUUGACCUCUUUGGUGGAGUCGACCUGCUUGUUGAGAUCUUAAUGAGACCCACACUUACUAUGCAGAAGAAAAAGCCCAAAAUGAAUGAUGAUUUGGUGAAGGAAUGUCUUAGUGUUCUCUACAAUUGUUGUAUCUGUGCGGAUGGAGUGACCAAGAGCUUGGCAGCUCGGGAUGACUUUGUUCUCUUCCUUUUCACCCUGAUGACAAACAAGGAGACUUUUCUCCAGACUGCAACUCUGAUGGAAGACAUUCUUGGAGUUAAAAAGGAGAUGAUCCAUUUAGACAGCAUCCCCAACCUGUCAGGCCUAGUUCAGAGCUUUGACCAGCAACAGCUGGCCAACUUCUGCCGAAUCCUGUCUGUCACCAUCUCAGAACCCGAUUUGGGAAACGACGACAAGCACACCCUGUUGGCGAAAAAUGCCCAGCAAAAACGCAAUUCAAGCCCGUCCCGUGCGGAGGUCAAUCAGGUCACCUUGCUGAACAUCCCCGAGUUUAUUGAGCGGCUGUGUAAGCUAGCUACAAGGAAGGUGUCGGAGGCCACAGGAGGAAACUUUCUGCAGGAGCUGGAGGAAUGGUACACGUGGUUAGACAACGCUCUAGUGCUGGACUCCCUCAUGCAGAUGGCGACAGAGGAGGCGGAACAAAGCAGCACAGAGUCAUCAGACGAAAGCUCCCUAGCCACCAGCCCGCUUAGACAUCGGCUCCCCCCGUCUAUGAAGAUCGUGCAUGAGAUUAUGUACAAAGUGGAGGUGCUUUAUGUGCUGUGUGUGCUUCUCAUGGGCCGACAGAGGAACCAGGUGCAUAAGAUGCUGGCCGAGUUCCGUCUUAUACCAGGUCUCAAUAACUUGUUUGACAAGCUCAUCUGGAGGAAAUACACCGUCACCAACCACGUCGUACACGGCCAGAACGAAAAUUGCGACUGUAGCCCCGAAAUAUCUUUCAAAAUCCAGUUUUUGCGCCUUCUCCAAAGUUUCAGUGAUCAUCACGAGAACAAGUACCUCCUGUUAAACAGUCAAGAACUUAAUGAACUCAGUGCCAUAUCCAUGAAGGCCAAUAUUCCUGAGGUGGAGGCUCUGGUCAACACAGACAGAAGUCUUGUGUGUGAUGGAAAGAAGGGCCUCCUCACACGCCUCCUCACUGUUAUGAAAAGGGAGCCUCCAGACUCUUCAUUCAGGUUCUGGCAGGCGAGAGCAGUGGAAAGUUUUCUGAGAGGAGCCACCUCUUACGCAGACCAAAUGUUCCUCCUGAAGAGAGGACUACUGGAGCACAUCCUGUUCUGCAUCAUAGACAGUGGCUGCACGUCCAGAGAUGUCUUACAGAGCUAUUUUGACCUGCUCGGUGAGCUCAUGAAGUUCAACAUUGACGCCUUCAAAAGGUUCAACAAAUACGUCAACACACCUGAGAAGUUCCAGACCUUUCUGACACAGAUCAACAGUUCUUUGGUGGACUCCAACAUGUUGGUGCGCUGCAUCGUGCUGUCCUUGGACCGAUUUCAGAGCCAAACUGAAGACGUUAAAGUGGUGGAGGUCCUGUCCGAGUGCUGCUUGCUGUCCUACAUGGCCAAAGUAGAGAACAGACUCUCCUUCCUUUUCCGCCUGGUCAACAUCAUCAACGUGCAGACGCUCACACAGGAGAACGUAAGCUGUUUGAACACCAGUUUGGUCAUCCUUAUGCUGGCCCGCAGAAAGGCCAAACUUCCCUUCUACCUUAGCGCCUUGCGGGAGAAGGAGCACGCCGAGAAGUACCCCGGCUGUCUGCUCAACAACUUCCGCAACCUCCUGCGCUUCUGGCAGUGUCACUACCUCAACAAGGACAAAGACAGCACCUGUCUGGAGAAUAGCUCCUGCAUCCCCUUCAGCUACUGGAAGGAGACGGUGUCGGUGCUUCUUGGCUCUGACAGGACUUCUCUGUGUGCGAUAGCCAGCUACAUCGACGAGCCCUUUAUGGAUCUGGACAGAGACCUGCUGGAAGAUUGACCAGCGGCGUGCGGACCGUGUGCGACGCCGCUGCGGACUCCACUGAGCCGCGCCAUCGUGGCACCUCGGAGCUCACAUGUCUGCCGUGCGCUUCUUCACACAGAGGCCGGCGCCCGGCCUCCAUUUUGUCUCUUAAGUGGUCUGCAAAGGACGCACAUGCCCCUCACUAACGUGACAAUGUAUGGACCUUCUGGGAAUGACGCCUGCGUUGGUUGUUUGCUUUAGUUGGAAUCAAAAUAGAGCUUUUUUUAUAUUAAUCUUUACAAAAUUCUAUAGUGGGGAAAAAGUUCUAUUCAGCAAAAUCAACCCGGCCUCUGCUCCCUCAGCACGCCUCCACGGCCUCACCAAGGAAAUAGACUCUUCUCAGCGAUCCUCAUUUCCUGUUUCUCCAACUAAUAAUCGGUGCUUUCUGGCUCAGAACAAUUGUUUGCUUGUUAUGUGCACACGUCCACACCUCAUCUAACAUCCUUCAUCCUGGGUACUUUUUCAUCCAUCUGUUGAAAACUGGCUUUUAGCUGUAGAAUAAAACAUUGCACACA